GGUUUAUAUUAACCUUUUUGUUUCGCUUUUGUUCUUUGUCAGCUUUGUGGCUUUGUCGUAGAGGUUGGUUGCGUUGCUGAUAGCUGUGCCCGGCUGUGCCACACCUGUGCUUGCUGUGUUUUGUCGGCGGUGUUCAGCGAUGGAGAAUCUAUCCAAACGGCGCUAGAUGGAAUCCCGGCGGAGCUCCGUGAUCAUCCCGCUCCGACAUGUGGAGCAAAAGCUAUCAUGGGACUGUGGCGUCUCUUGCGUGGCCAUGCUCUUGGCGACCGACCGAGAACGUCGAGACUUCCUCGCCAACCGGGACCGCAUAUCGCAGGAAGAAGGCUUCGGCGCGAGCACUUGGACCAUAGACCUGUGCUACCUGCUCCGGCGGUACGGCAUCGACCACGUCUACACGACGGUCACACUGGGCGUCAACCCCAAAUACAAGAACGAGCUCUACUACAAGCUCUCGCUGCUAAGAGACCACCAGCGCGUCGAAGACCGCUUCAGGGAGGCGUCCUCGCGCGGCGUAAUCGUCGAGCGCAGGUCGGUGACCCUCCUCGACAUCUUAGAACACUUGUCUCGCGGCAGUCCGAUAAUCGUGCUGGUUGACCAGGGACUCUUGUUCUGCGACGCGUGCCAGGCCAGCAACCGCAUCGUCGCCAAGGUGUCCGGCAUGCUGGGCAAGUGCUUUCCUUUCCAGGGACACUACGUGGUGCUCUGCGGUUACAGGAUGAGCGAGAAGAAACUGCUCUAUCGAAACCCGUCCAAGAGCGAACGGCUGUGCAGUGUGCCAUUCGACGCCUUCGAGAAAGCGCGGAAGCGUUUCGGAACGGACGAGGACGUCAUCUUUGUGCGUAGCAGUCGCGCAGAGCAGUAAGGUAGUUGCGUGCCGGCCAAAAAUCGUUUCGCUCCGGUGGAGCUACGAUUGGUGAUCGUGCAAUUGUUGCUGUCUUUGAUCCAGUUUUUCGUGUUAUUCGAGAGAUGGCGGUAGUGCAUAAGCCAUUUGGUCUACCCUUUGAUAGAGAGCCUACAUUGGAGAGAGGGUCCAUCCCUAACCAUGGGAAGCGUUUGCUGCCGAAGUUUGCACCAAGUGCGCAUGUGGUUUGUUUUCGCGUGGCGACGAGGAAAACAGGCAGAGACGUUUGCAGAUGACCAAAGCUUUCGUCGCCUCCUCUGGAGCAGUUGGAAAAUCUGUAAUACAGGCUCUCUAUCACUUGGUUGGACGUCCUCGAGUCUCUAUUCUCGUGGAACUGAAGUAGCCUGGUUCACAUAUUUGUUUUUAAGUGUGGUUGACCGCAUUGCCACCGCUUACGACAAGACAAUGCACUGGCGUUUUUUGGGUGUGCCACAUUGUGUAGAACUUGGCACUUGCGCUACGCAGGUUGCUUAGACACUGCUUCAUCACUGGUCCUAAUUUCGUGCCUAACGGCGGCAAUUAGUUUUAUGAACGCAUUGAAGCAGAGAGAUCUUUGGUGCAAUGUCAAGCCGUCUGUCAAAGCCUCAGCAGAGGCUCCGAACGGAAAAAUUGCAUGUCUAGGUUACAAAAAAAAAAAAAAAAACUUGUUUUUUUUUUGUGUGUUUUUUUCCAGUUUUGUUGUUUGGGUGGCGGAGACACUGUAGGCUGAGGCUAUGGAGGGGGGGGGGGGGGGGGUAUUCACUGGAUGCCGAAUUUGAGGGGAUGUUUAGAGCGCAUAUUCAGAGCGAGCUCACAUUAAGGGAAUACUUCAACGUAAUUUGAAAUAUUCCCGUUGUGUUCAAAAAUAGGUUGAAUGUAAUCCACAAUAUCCGUAAAAGACAAUCGCACGUUUGUAUUUUGAGCCUGGUGGCUGUAUUUUUCGUUAUAAGGAGCCCACUCUGGCAAGCGCUCAAAGAAAGCCCAGCGGAGACCACGUGAGAUCCAACACUAUCGUGACGUAGGUCGUCUCGGGACGAGCAAAGCUAUGGCGAGGCUGACAUCGAGAGGAUGGCCUAGUCGUUCAAGCCACCGAAGCGGCUGCUUUUGUACGAAUUUUGAGUGACGGGUUAAUCUUCUGUAAUCUUGUAGGGGGACAAUAGCGGCUUCUGCGACACACAAAAGGCCUUCUCGGGAAGAGGGGAGUUCCUCCUUCCCCUCUUCUUUCGUCCUGGCCGGAGGCAAGACAACCUCCGUCACUAGCUGUCAAGGUUCCUAGACGAGCAUUACAAACGAGGAGUUAGCGACAUCCACCAGGUGCUCUUUGCUUAACAUUUAAUUUGUUUUAAAAUUCCUUUUCGAAACUUUUUUAACAAGAUAUUGGUAUGUUCGAUGUGAUACGGCUCUUCUGAACACAUAAAGACCAAAAUAUGAGCGCCGAAAUUUCGUUGUAGUAUCCCUUUAAUAGUCUGCUAAGACUGGCAAUCUUGAUGGUGCGGAACGCACAUUGCUAAAUACUCCCUUUACUCUUGCGCACGCCGAUGGGACUUUUUCUGGUCGAGCGUUCGCCGUGCCGUGUGUCCUCACAUAUUUUACACAGUGGUAUAGACUGGAACGAAUUGCUGUAUUUGAGAGAUGAAAUCUAUGCACUAUCUAUGAGAAAUGACUACUAAUAAUAUUGUCAGAAUUAUAUCCAGCCCAAAGCAAAAGAAUGAUGCAUAAAUAAAUUGGACAUGGCAGGUCAGAAAUGUUCCAGGGCUACUGGAUAAAUGGCACCAGUGUGCUCUCUUGUAAGCGGUUGUAAUGCAGUUAAUUACACUCAAGUGCAAGUGUGUGAACCAGACUUCAAUUAUCUAUUGACUUCUUUCACAGGACGAGUUCUUGCAGCCUAGCCAAGAGGGGAAAAAAAGGAGCUCUUUGAGUAUAACAAGAGAAUAAUGUAGCUAACAUUUACUCUGGAAAAUAUGCAAUGUGUGGACCCAAGUUUUGGGAAAACAUGAUAGGGGACGAGGCAAAACAACAUUUACUGUCUAGAUGGAAAUUUUCAGGUUGUGGUGAUUAUUCCCUAUUGGCCUUUCAUAGGCAGGCCAAAGUUUGUUGCCCUGGAAGGCCAUGCCACUGUUUACAUGGGGCUUCAUAAGCAGAUAUUUGAUGUUAUGUUGUGUGACAAGUCCUCUAGGACAUGAAACAGUGAUGUUAUUGUUCUCAAUGUGGUUAAGAGGAAAGAAAGGACAUUAUCGUUGCCA